GACUCAGCUUUAUCUCCCACUAGUACUCUCCACCUUUCAUCUUUCAUCUCAACCGAAAGAUAACAUCCAUCCCCUUAUCGUACAUACAUACCCUCUCAUAUAUAACCUGUCACCGUCGAGGCCGUAUCGUUGAUCUAUCCCUCUCACAGACAGCUCGCCCCCAUCCAUCUGUACCGCUGCCCACCCAUCUAGCAUUCCACCCACCACCUUGAUCUUUAUCAUUAAAUAAACCCCAGUACCUCUUGUGCUCACAGCAACAUGGCGACUCCCGUAUCUACACCGCCGAAUGGCAACCAGCUUCAACCUCUUCUCCCCGCCCAAAUCACCAAGCUGAACGGCAUCGGUUUGGGGACACCGGCCAUCUCACGUCAGAACUCGGAUCUGUCAAUCAAUCGGAUUCGCAAGGACACCAUUGGUUACAGAGCUUCGCCGUUCCCCGCCAAAGCUUCCCAGCAACAAGCCGUCACCCGGAUACUGGGAGAGACCGGCUUCAUGCCCGCAGAAUUGGUGGCGGGGGAGGUAGACUGGUUCUAUGGCCAUCUGGGGAUCGACAACAUGUACUUCCUAUCUGAAACCCCGGAAGCCAUCGCAGACCAUAUCCUGGCGUUGUACUCGGCAAAACUUUUGGCGUACACCAAGCAUGAUCCCAACAAGCUUGUGAUUGACUUGGAGAAAAUCACUCCUGAGGGCCAAACCGGAAGAGAAGGAGCAGUGUUUAUUCAUACUUCGAAGCCAGGUGUCACGGAGAAGGAAGGGCCAAGUGCGAGUGUGGAAAAACGGAUUGACGCACUCUUCUUGGACAAUUCUAACCCUGGCAAGGCUUUUCGUCUGGAAACCUACCGAUCUUCGGGUGCUAUCUCGUCAACCAUCUCCCAACAGCUCCGAUGCUACUUCGUCGCUCUCUGUGUCUUCCCCACUUCCGUCCCGGUCAAGCUUGCAGACGGUACCACCGACAUACGUUCCGUGUCGGAUGCGUCGUUCUUGGAGAAAGCGAGUGACAACACGCUUGAAAUAUACCAGCGUGUGAUGAACGAAGUCGAGCGGAGGCAGGGUCCCGUAAUCGAAAUGUAUGAGGUGGAAGAGAGUAGGGAAAGGAGAGUGGUCAUUGGCUACCGGAUGAAGGGGACCCGCGCCUUCUUCUCUGCGCUGUCCCAUUUGUAUCACUUUUACGGCCUAUAUUCUCGACGUAAAUACGUGGAACAAUUCUCCAAUGGGGUCACCAUCAUCUCCAUGUACCUCAAUCCUACUCCCAAUUCGAGGGCACCGCCCAUUGAGCACUCUAUCCACCAAGUGGUUCGCGAAGCGUCGCUGUUGUAUUGCUUGCCCGACAAUCCCUUCUUUUCAAUCGAUGAUGACGAUGAUGAGAGUCCCCACGCGGUGCAAGAGGCCACUUACGCCUAUGUGGGUUGGAUAUUUGCUCAACACUUCUGCAACCGUCUGGGCUCGGCCUAUCUGGCUCUGAAAAAUGUGCUUGAUGACGAGAAUCCCACCCAUGCAGAGGUCCUCAACAAAAUCAAGACCCGAUUCAGGGAGGAGACGUUCACCCGCGAGAGUAUUAAACAGGUCAUUCACAGUCACCCUGACCUCAUCAGAAUGCUGUACAUCAACUUUGCCAUGGUUCAUUAUCCGGCUGCCGACGAAGCAUCCCAACUUACACCUACACUGUCUUUCCAACGGCUCCGCACCGAGCAACCCAUGACUGACGAAGAACUGUAUCAUAAGAUCCGCAAGACCGCAUCAAACCAGCAUGCUCAACAAAUCUUAGAGGCCCUCCUCAUAUUCAACAAGCACGUGCUGAAAUGCAACUUUUAUCAGCCCACAAAGGUCGCACUCUCCUUCCGUCUUGACCCAGGCUUCCUGCCAGAGGUCGAGUAUCCCAAAAAGCCCUUUGGCAUGUUUUUCGUGGUGGGCUCCGACUUCCGUGGCUUCCACGUUCGAUUCCGUGACGUCGCUCGUGGUGGCAUCAGAAUCAUCCGAUCUCGCGGUACGGAAAACUACAACUCAAACGUCCGCACCUUGUUCGAUGAGAAUUACGGCUUGGCUUCCACCCAGACGCUCAAGAACAAAGACAUUCCCGAAGGUGGCGCUAAAGGUACAAUCCUGCCUUCGGUGAAUGCAAGCAUGCGGGGCUGUUUCGAACAAUACGUGGACUCUAUCAUCGACCUCCUCAUCCCUGGCCAGACCCCCGGAAUCAAAGGCCACAUUGUGGAUGUGUCUGGUCGGUCGGAUCCCGAGAUUCUGUUCUUCGGUCCAGACGAAAAUACUGCCGACCUCAUGGACUGGGCUGCCGAGCAUGCUCGCUCCAGGGGUGCGCCUUGGUGGAAAUCGUUCACAACAGGGAAAUCGGCAGAGUUCCUCGGCGGUAUACCUCAUGAUGCGUACGGCAUGACAUCGCUCUCGGUCAGACAGUACAUCCUCGGCGUUCUCAAGGCCCAUGGAUUGAACGAAAAGGACGUGACAAAACUACAGACGGGAGGACCAGAUGGUGACCUCGGCUCGAACGAAAUCCUUCUAUCAAAGGACAAGACUGUCGGUAUCAUUGACGGUUCAGGCGUGUUGUAUGAUCCAGCUGGUUUGGACCGCACCGAACUCGUGCGGCUUGCGAAAGCUCGCCAGAUGAUUUCGGAGUUUGACACUUUGAAGCUUGGCAAGGACGGAUAUCGCGUGUUGGUGGACGAGAAGGACGUCGCUCUUCCGACGGGUGAGAUCGUCCCCGACGGCACCGAUUUCCGGAACAACUUUCACUUCCGAGUCAAGUGUGACCUCUUUGUUCCCUGCGGUGGUCGACCUGAAGCUGUCAACAUCUCCAAUGUUGCACGGUUAGUGGACGCAGAUGGCAAGCCGAACUUCAAGUACGUCGUCGAAGGUGCCAAUCUGUUUAUCACCCAACAGUCUCGUCUGUUCUUGGAGAAGAAGGGGGUGGUGUUGUUCAAAGACUCGAGCACGAACAAGGGAGGGGUCACGAGUUCGUCGUUGGAGGUCCUCGCCGGGCUGGGUCUGACGGAUCAGGAGUAUAUGGAAGAGAUGGUGUUCAAGGACGGAAAGUCAAGCGACUUUUACAAGAGCUAUGUGCGGGAUAUACAGCACAAGAUUUGUGAGAACGCUGCGGCGGAGUACAGCUGCAUUACCAAAGAAUACCAGCGCAACAAGAGCUCUGUUCCUCGCACAAUCAUCUCUGACCGUCUCUCUUCCACCCUCAACGAUCUCCAAGCUGAACUGGAGCGAUCAGACCUCUACGAGAAUGAACACUCGAGGAAGAAUGUGUUGGUCAAAGCUUUCCCAGAGACUUUGGUCAAGAAGCUCGGGUUGGAACAAUUGAUGAACCGUUUACCCGAGCAGUAUCAACGCGCCGUCUGGUCGGCGUGGGUGAGCUCAAACUACAUUUACGAAAUUGGUUCCCUCGCCGCCACGCCUGUCGACUUUUACCACUUCUUCUCCAAGCUGGCACUAUAAGGGAACGUCAUGAGCUUGAAGAGCUGGAGCAAAAGCCGCUGGGCAGGAGGCGAGAUGAAAUGUCAAAUGACCGACCCGAAUUAAUGUGUAUACGAUGCAUGACGCCUGAUGAAAGUUGCCCUUUCUCUUGG